UACGUUGGAGAAACGAGGUUCCACUGCGCACACUCAUUGUUUAGUACAACUUAGAAUUGGGGGACCUUGAAAUUGAGAAGCAUCUGGUUGACCUGCAGUUUGGCCUGAGACCAGGCGUUUGAAUUCAUAGUUCCUAUUAUUUCUCAUCCGUGUGGGAAUUCCUGGGAAUGUGCUAAUCUCUGUAAACCCAUCUUUCAGCCCAGUGUGCCAUUAUAAUGUUUGAUGUAACUUCGAGAGUUACUUACAAGAACGUGCCUAACUGGCAUCGAGAUCUGGUGCGCGUGUGUGAGAACAUCCCCAUCGUCUUGUGUGGCAACAAAGUGGACAUCAAGGACAGGAAAGUGAAGGCAAAGUCCAUUGUCUUCCACCGAAAGAAGAACCUUCAGUACUACGACAUUUCCGCCAAAAGUAACUACAACUUCGAAAAGCCUUUCCUCUGGCUUGCUAGGAAACUCAUCGGCGACCCCAACUUGGAGUUCGUCGCCAUGCCUGCUCUCGCCCCUCCGGAGGUGGUCAUGGAUGUGCUGGCAGCACAGUAUGAGCACGAUCUAGAGGUUGCUCAGACCACUGCGCUCCCAGACGAGGACGACGACCUGUGAGCGGGAAGCUGGAGCCAGCGUCAGAAGUCUAGUUUUAUAGGCAACUGUCCUGUGAUGUCGGUGGUGCUGCGUGUUUGCCACUUUAUUAUAGAGCUAAGCAACGAGAACCUGUGCUUGACCCCGGGAUGCUGAGAUGAAUGGGCUUCGAGUGAAUGUGGCAGUUAAAAUACCUUCACUUUUUGGACCUGCAUAUUUAGCUGUUUGGAACGCAGUUGUUUCCGUAUUGAGUUUCAACUAUAAGAAUGCUGCAGUCGCAUCACAAUACUCAGUGGUGAAACCUUGUUUGUUACUGUCAUUCCCAUUCCUUUUCGUUUAGAAUCAGAAUAAAGUUGUAUUUCAAAUAUCUAA